AUGGACAUCGUCGGCAACGAUCCGGACACUCAGGUCUGCUACUCCUUCAUUCUACGUUUCCUUCGUCUUUUCCUGUCCGCGAUCGACAUCAUCCAGAGCCAUGUCUUCUUCAAGCCCGAGGGGGAUCACAGUUGGCAAUCAAGGCCAGAGUUCCCGACCGCAGCCGAGAUGCUUCAGGAAAAGUCCGAUUUUGACAAGCUUCCGAAGAACCCAGUCGAUGUGCCUUGGGCUUCCAAAAUGGAGUAUCUCACGGCGCAGUACGAGAUUCUGCGCAUGGAGGCAGUGGAGGGCUUGCGCCAUUCCGUACAGAGUUUUGCCAGCAGACACCGAAGGGAUAUUCCCAUGGACGACGAUUUUACAAAUGUCUAUUCCCAGGUGCGGGUCAAAGAAUAUGUCCUCACGAACAUCGGACCUGUCGCCAGAGUCUCUUUUUCGCUGCGGUCCAAAUUCCGCAUUUUGUGGCAACAAUCCAAGAGACUUCAGCCAGGGAGUAUUGUCGCCUUGUCUCCGAAGAGCGAUGGAUUCAAGAAAAUCUGCAAGAUUGCCACGAUCGCCCAGCGCCCUUACGAAGACGGGCUCGAUCAGGAUCCCCCUGUUGUCGACAUUCUGUGGACCGAUCCCAACGAUGCAGUCAUAGAUCCCAACAUGGAGUUUGUUAUGUUGGAAUCGCUGUUCGGAUAUUUUGAGUCAGCCCGCCAUUCCCUGAUUGGGCUCCAACAUGUAGCGAAGACUGACUCACCCAUUGACAAAUAUCUCACUGGUUCGCACAUCACGGAUACAGUUCCUACCUUCGUCUUGGACAACCCGGGGAUGGACCUUUCCAGCGUUGCUGGCAAAGCCACGGAGGACGACUCGGAAGCUGUGGAAGAGCUCAAGACCCACGACAUGGUCAAUGACGGGGAGCCCCCUGGCCUCCAAGAUCUUACUUACAUGGACGAAUCUCAGCUUUCUGGCUUGUACCGCAUAGUGUCCAAAGAACUCGCCAUUGUACAAGGGCCCCCAGGGACUGGCAAGACUUUCACCUCGGUCGAAGCCCUCAAAGUCAUGGUUGCCAACCGACGAAAACGCCGGGGUCCCCCCAUCAUUGUGGCUGCCCAAACCAAUCAUGCCCUGGACCAGAUUCUGGUGCAUUGUAUCAAUGCUGGCGCCAACGUGCUCCGGCUGGGAGGAAGGACGCAGAAUGAGCUGAUCAAACCCCGUACACUCUUUGAACUGCGGAAUGAAUGCGGGAAAAACCAAAUUCCUGCCGACAACAAAUUAGUGAGGAUUGAUCACGAUCGGAGGACAAACGCGGGGAAGAUCCAGGAGUUGGUUGAUGGGUUGUUCAGUGAUCGGUUGUUGGAUCCAGAGAUGCUUUUGGAAUUUGGGAUCAUCACGAAGCAACAGCACGAUUCAUUAGUCGAUGACUCGAUGGAGUCGCACGAGGCCAUGGAUGUUCACGGCCCCUUUGCCCUCUGGCUCGGUGACAGCCUCAUCCCGGCCAGCAUUCGCGAAGACCGCCACCCAACAGUACUCGAGGUGACGGAAGCCGAAGUGAGACGAGACCUUCCGGAAUUCGAGUGCGAGGAGGACGAAGACUUGGAGAAUAUUGCCGAUGACAACGAGGCCUUGUUUCGGCUGAGGGGACCAAGAAUCCAACUGGAACAUACCUGGUCGGGCAAAGAUCCAGCAAACCUAGCAUCUUGGGGGCGAGCUGUUAACCGAGCUCUUCAGAACGACGAUCUCUACAAUAUCGACAGAAAUUUACGGGGCGCUGUGUACCAGCACUUCCAGGCCCGGCUGCUGGAGGUCAUGUCCCCUAAAUUCACUGCCUUGAUCGCCGAAAGCAUGGAGUUGUGCCAGAAGAGAAAGGCUUUCAAAUUCCUAGGCAAUACCCAGGUAGUCCGCAAACUGCGUAUCGACAUCGUCGGCUGUACGACAACGGGUUUGACCAAAUACCGCGGAUGCCUUGCCGCCAUGCAGCCGGAAUCACUGCUCAUCGAAGAGGCAGCCGAGACUCGGGAGGCCAAUAUCGUUUCGGCCCUCUAUCCCUGCAUUCAGCAGCUGGUGCUGGUGGGAGACCACAAGCAACUCGCCCCCAAGUGCGACAUCCAACGCCUGGGCGACCCUCCACACAAUAUCAACGUGUCGCUCUUCCAAAGAAUGGUCAACUUAGACAUGCCGUAUGUCAUGUUGAAGCAGCAGAGGCGCAUGAAACCUGAACUCCGCCAUAUUCUGAAUCCUUUCUACCCAGAGCUGUACGAUCAUCCCUCGGUGAGGAAGAUCAACGAGCGCCCCGACGUGUUGGGAAUGGGUUGUCGGAAUCUUUGGUUGUUUGACCACACAUGGCCUGAGGACAGGGACUCGGACGCGAGCAAGUUCAACGAGUCGGAAGCCGAGAUGCUCGCCAACUUCUUUGCGUACCUUGUGGCCAACGGGACUCCCGCGCACAGGAUUACCGUUCUCACGUUCUACAAGGGCCAGUGCAAGGUGUUAAAACGAAAGCUGAGGCGCCACCCAUCAAUCAUGGGAGCGGUGCUCAACGUGUGCACUGUGGAUUCGUAUCAGGGCGAGGAAAACGACAUCAUCCUCCUCUCACUCGUCCGGAGCCCUCAACUCGACCGCUCCUACGCCGUGGGAUUCCUGGAAGACGAGCGCCGCGCGGUUGUAGCCAUCAGCCGUGCCCGCCGGGGCUUCUACGUUUUUGGCAAUGUCGACAACGUUCUUAAUGCGCAUCAAGCGUCCUACCACCUCUGGUACAAGAUUUGUUCUGGGUUCGCCGAGCAGGGAUACAUCGACCGCGAUCGCGGUCUACCCCUCGUGUGCCAGCCGCACAACAAGCAGAUCUGGAUCAAGGAACUGGAAGACUGGGGCGACAACGCCGGCGGCUGCGACCAGGCUUGCAACAAGACCAGGGAAUGCGGUCAUAAAUGUGUUCUCAAAUGCCACGCUCUGCCCCAUGAAGUCCUCCCGUGUGGUGAACCGUGCCGUGAGAAGCUAGUCUGCGGGCAUGGAUGCCAAAGAUUGUGCGGUCAAAAGUGCUUCUGCGACUGCAAAGUCUUUGAGGCCGCCGCCCACCAAAUCCAGGACGAGCGCAUGUCGCUGGGUGAACAGAUGAUGGUUAUGGGCGCCGAGGAGACGGAGAUGUUCAAGAGGAAUCAUAGACGCGCACCACCACAGGGCCCGGCCCUUCCUAUCCUGGGACAAGUUGGGUUUGCAAAAAGUAGGGAAAGUCGGCCAUUACCGGGCCAAUUGCCGGGAGACGUGGCGCAAUGGAGGGCGCUCACUGAGAAUCCUGAUGAACACGACCGGCGUCUGGACGAACAGUCAGUCGCAUUGAUGGCAGAGAAGAGAAAGGAACCAGUCUCGGAGCCCAUCAUUAGGGAGACCUACCGGCCAACGGGUCUUACCAACGGUCAGCGGGUGGCGGUCGACAAGAUGCCGCCUGCGCAGAAGUCUUACAAUAAGGUGCCCGGCGACAACUCCAAGAUGCCACCCACCCAGGGCUCUUACAGUCGGGUGGCGGCGGCAGCACUUAGCUCAAAGCCCCCCUUUUCCACAAUUGAGACAGCGUUUCCGAAUGCGAAACCCAGCAAGAACAUGGCCAGCGACACUUCGACAAAUCCUAAACAGCCCAAAAACGUCGCUAACGGAAAGGUCGCGCAGCCAGGCCGCCCCAAAUUUGCCAAAAGCCGUUAUCGCUCUGCGCCGGGCAACAACAACCAUACGAGCUGGAAGAGGCCGACAAAGAGUGGUGGCAAGCCAGAAAAAGAUGCACUUCAGGAGCUUUGCGCUUCUCUCCUCACAUCGGAAGCCGAUUCCCAAGAAUACUCGACACAGCAGCAACCUCAAGGCGGGAGAAUGUCAUCCCAAAGUUCAUCACCAGUCCAGGCACCGCGUGUUCAGCGCAAUUUGGCGACGGGUGGUUUCCUCGUUGACUUCGCGACCACUGAGGGAAGAUCUUUUGGCGGGGAAACUUCUUCUCAGGGAGUCACAGAGCGUGUGGCCACGCCAAGCCUACUUGAUAUCGAACCCGAGGGCACGGGAAUUUCGUUGUUAGAGGGCCACGACGGCCUUGUUCCUGGUUUGAGCUCUAUGCAGCUGGAGAGUCCCGUGUCCCCUUCUCCGGUGGGGACAACGACUCUCGAAAUGGAGCCAGAGAAACAGGGAGAGGAAGAGGAGUGGCUUAUUCAGCUCUGA